AAUGCUCAAGUAUAAAUAUAUAGCAAAAAAAUAGUUUGAAUUAGAGUCGAUUAAGCUUAAACUCGCGGAACAUGUACAAAUUGGCCACCUUAAUUGCAUGCAUAAGCUUUGUGACAGCCGCACCUCCAAAGAUUGUAAACGGUACUGAUGCGAAACUGGGAGAAAUACCAUACAUUGUUUCACUUCGGUUUGCUGGAUAUCACAAUUGUGGUGGUUCAAUCGUAAGCGAAAAUCACGUCUUAACUGCCGCCCACUGCGUGGACGACGGAAAAUACACGAUUCAAUAUGGUGUUCUUGAAAUCUCUCCUGGUUCAACCAACAGUAUAGACGUUGAUACAAUUUUCAAACACGAAGAAUACAACCCAUCCCAAAAUCAUAUUAAUGAUGUAGCUAUACUGAAACUUGCGUCAGCAAUUCCGAUAGACAACGUGAACGUAAAACCGGUAAUUUUGCCCAGCCAAGGUGAAACGGCUCCCGAUGGUGAGUGGGCUGUUCUUGCAGGAUGGGGUGCCUCAAAGACUUGGGGACCUGUAAUGAAGCACCUGCAAAGAGUAGACAUUUUAGUUUACUCACCUGAUGACUGUAGGGCUGCCCAUGGAAAUAGUGUGGAUGAAAGAUAUCACAUUUGCGCGGGGGUUCCAGAGGGAUGGAAAGGUCAAUGCAGUGGUGACUCUGGCGGUCCAUUUGUUGCCAAAGGAAGACAAGUGGGUGUUGUUUCUUGGUCUGUAAAGCCAUGUGCCAUUGUGGGUUACCCAGGAGUUUUGGCUAGAGUAGCAUCUUAUCAUGACUGGAUCUGGUCCAAAGUAAAUGCCUAGGAAUUAAAACAUUUUUUGUACUUUUUUAAUAAAAUCGUAAUAGAA